UGUUAUUGAUAUCAUUACGUAUAUAGAGUUCAUCGCGAGCGUAGUGUAGAGAUACCCUCGAUCUUUACCAGUUUUUGGUUUGCAAACGACAUGACGGAUAGUAAUAUGGACUCGAAAGAAGAGAAGCAAGCAUCACCGGAAAACGUGAAACUGAAAACAGAAGCAUCCGAGCCUGAGGCUCCUCCAGCUCAAGCGACCGCAACCGGCGUGAUCCGAAGAAACUUCAUCACUCCGGCCGGAACAAUAGUGGAAACCAACGAAGAGCAACCACCAGAACCAACGACAGAAGAAGUAGUCAAAACGACAUCGUCAAAUCCAAGCCCGGCCGAACAGAAAACCGAACCCGCAGAAAUAGUCUAUACGGCUGAGGUCCUGCCGCAGGAGCAAAGAGAGCAAUUCGCUGACGCUAAAUCUUACGCCGUAGAAAUGCCCGCCGAGAAUUUUCCUAAUCCGAGCUUUACGCAGGACAUUAGUUACGUGAACAUAGAAGGAACUGUUGUGCCCGUUACAAUAUCGGAAAUGGAACAUCCUGGGGACUAUGCCAAUCUACAAACUGCCCAAUACAACAACGGCUAUACGGAUGGCACACAAUAUUUAACCAAUCAUCAGUACCAGAACAUGUAUAUAGAGAGAAGUACUGUUGAUAAUUCUCCUUCUGCUACAGUUCUAUACCGUGGCGAUGAUCCGAAUUUGGGAGCUUCUAGAUUCCAAGCAAAUUACGACAUAUCCAGUACUCAAUCGCAAGUGAACCUUCUUCCCGCUUCCGGAGAAACCUACUAUACAUCAACAUCUAACUGGACGCCGACCAGCAGCGGUUCUUACCCACAACAAUACCCAUCAGGGACCAUAAACGUCCUUCAAGCUGAUUCGACCCAAGCUUUCGGAACUCCUUACAUAAACGCGACCUGGUCGUCGAAUUCGAUGGAGGACGGACGGCAAUCUAGUCAAGAGGUACUAGUGAAAGAGUGCGUUAAUUGUGGUGCUAGCGUUACACCACUUUGGCGUAGAGACGGUACGGGGCAUUAUCUAUGUAACGCGUGUGGUUUGUACCACAAAAUUAAUGGGGUGCACAGACCGCCGACUAAGCCAACCAAAAAACCACAGGCGACUGGAAAUAGAAGAAACGGCGUAACGUGUGCAAAUUGCAAAACUAACAAUACAACACUUUGGAGAAGAAACAACCAAGGCGAGCCAGUUUGUAACGCUUGCGGGCUUUACUAUAAAUUACAUAAUGUUAACAGGCCGAUCAGUAUGAAAAAGGAAGGUAUCCAAACGCGCAAAAGAAGGCCAAAAAACUCUUCGGUCGGAAGCCCUGCGAGUGCUGCAGGUCAAGUAAGAAUGGGGCUUCCCACUUAUCAAUAUUCAGACAUGGAUGUACAGCAAGAUCAAUACCAAUUACCAGUGAACCUUUAUUCUCAAAGACCACAAGUUUCUUAUCGACAUUACGGAACCGAAAAUAUUGGAACAUUAAAUGCACAACCACUGCAGCCAAUAAUUACUCACGAUGAUGAACAGGCAAGCGUCAUUACAUCGACUUCACAACAGGCUAGGUUUAGGACAAAUGUAGAAGAGGACGAAGGAAGCAAUCCUUCUAUGCAAUCUUAAUUUAGUCCAGGCGCUCUAUUUAUAAUUUAUUUUAUUUUAACUUUUAUUUGUUUAAGUGAAAAUGAUUUAAAGUAUAUAUAUUUGUGUGGUUUUAAUCACAUAUAAGCAAGGUAAAAGACAAAACAGAAUAUGUAUAUCGAAACUAAUUGUAUAGGUAAGUGAGAAAUCAGCCUUAAAAUCGCAGAUUUUCUGGAAAAACAUAAAUUACCCCCUAAAGUAUUAUAAGCACCUUAUUAUAUUAAAUCGAGGAUUCGAUGAAAAAGUCUGCGUUGAAAAUAAUCUAAUAAAUCUCUCUAUAUACACUGUUUUCCGGAUAGGUGAGGAUCUUGGAAGCUGUAAGAGCGCAUAUUAAUUACAAUAAUAAUUUAUAAUAUAAGUAAACUAUAAUUAACUUUUUUCCAAAAACUCAAAAACGAUAAAUGAAUAUAAAAUUAUUUUUAUACUAGUUUUAUAGUCUCCAAAUUGCUCAACUUAUCCCUAUUUAACCUUUGCCGGUAUUUUUUAUAUUUUCCAUGGUUACCAUGGUGUUCGUCCUUAUUCGGGACACAGCGUAUAUUUCAUUUGCAAUGAACACUGAAUUCAGUAAACUUAUGUUAUUAAUUCAUUUUAGUGGGCAAUAAACAGGUUCCACCUUACUUUCAAUAUUUUUCCACAAAUGUGAAAAAUAAGCAACUCUUGAAAAUUAAUUUUUCAGUGAAAAAUAAGACAUUGUAUAACCUGCCAUUCGAUUUUUGAUUUUUUGACGUUGAUAGACAGUUGAUAGAUGUUUUUGAUAGAACCUCUAAUAUACCUACUUAAACUAAAUUGGUCACUCAUUAAAUUAUUGUUCUUAUACCAUUUAUUACUUGACAUAAAAUUAUUUGGUAAGCUUAAAGCAUGAUAGGAAAAAUUAGCCUACAGGAAAAAACUGUUUUAUUAAUGGAUUUCAAAACGUUUCAGCUCUUCAAACUUCUAAAAUUUAAGAGCUUUAUCAAAUAAAUUGUAUUGAAUUAUCCCAAUUAUUAAUUCAGUUUCUCAGGUAUAGAAUAUUGUGAAAUAAUGUUUUUAAAUCCAUUUUUUUUCAAUUAGCUAACCCUAAAUAAUUGUGAACAGAGCAUUUAUUUAUAGAAAAAUAUAGUACAGGAAAUAUGAAAGUUUUAUUUAGUGAAAUCAUCAGGGAUUAAUAUUAUAAAAUUAUAGACACAGUUAAAAUUUGUUUAUAUUUUGGUUCAUUUUGUUCGCAUUUUUUUUUAAAUAAUGCGAUUAGAUGAUGUAUUUGACUCGUUUUUGUUUAAAAAGGAUUAGGUUGUGGGAUUAGAAAUUGAGUAUGCUAUGCUGUGCUACUCUGAAUUUGUUCAUGUAGUUAAUAUACUGCUCCACAAAAGUUAAGGAAGCUCACAAAAAUUGAGAUUAAUUUAA